AUGCCAGAAGAACCAUUCGACGAGCAUUACCUGUCAGCUGAUGGGCUGAUGCAGGCUAUGCAUGGGCGUUCCACCACCGGAGGAUGGGAUAUGGUCGUCUCUUACAGAGCUAAACAGCUAAGCGAUCUCCUAGCUCAGGUAUGGGACAAAGAUCGCAAUACCGACAUUAUCAAAGAUGCGGACAAGGCAGUUGUCAUGGGACACAAAUGCGCCUAUGAGUUUCAUCUCGGUACUCCUCUGCUGCAGUUUGCGUCAGUUGAGGGUGCGUGUAUGGCAGACCUGAUCAUCCCCAUUAGUGGAACAGUCACAGUUGAGCUAUAUAUGUAUGACAAGGUUACAAAGAAGCCCGCCGAUACACCAUAUACAACUAUGCCUCCAGAAGAAAUACCAAAGGGCGUUUGGAACCUUCGGAUCAGAGUGCCUAUCAAGUCCCUCACCGGCGAUGUCGAUGCUAAAGAUCUUGACAAAGAAGGACAGAGCAGUGGAAAGAUUACCCAGCUGGGUGAGGGUCAGAAAGAUCGAGCGAAUAUUGUUCUCCACUUCUCAAGCGAAAAUGCAACAUACAAGCUGGAUCCGGUAAAGUCAGAUACGCCAUUGAAGGAAGGGGAGACAGUCCCAGAUACUCCCGAGAUUCCGCCUGGAGCAUUGGCUUGUAUUCAGUCAUGGUUCAGUGACAAAAAGAACGUCAAUGUCAUCAACUACCGCCUAGCUACCGUCAAGGCCAUCAAGAGCAGCUCGGACGCUUUGGGUAUUCUCGAACCUGAGUCGUUUGUGUUCGGAGCAAACGGCGACGUUCUUAGCAUCUAUAUCAAGACCAAGGGAAGUGGUGCUGGCGGUGGCGAUGUAGAAGCCAAGUUCAUGUCUACUGACAACAGGGCUAUCAGGCCCAUUCCCAAAGGACAGUCUGCUAGUAUCAUCGUUUCUCAUCGCCUUUUGAAUGACAAGGUCUUCCUACCCCAGCUAGAGAAGUAUCGCACCGAACAUAAUAUUUCCACAGCAAUAUCGACAAAGCCGAACGACAACGGCUUUACAUAUGAAUUCUACCUCAAAGGUGACUUCGACGUCAAUAUGAAGGGCGAGCAUAGCAUCUUAGCCAACGUAUCCCUGCCCAAGACGACAGUGCGCCUGAGCGAUGCAUUGACAACCCUCACGAUAGACAAUGGCAACGCCAGUUUCUCCUAUGAGAAGGAGUAUGAGAUAAAAUGGACCCCAAUGUCAAUGGGGUUCGGGGCUGUUAUCAUAGCGCCGAAGCCGAAUGUCGCUGUUCUCAAGGUCAAGUUAUCCCAGAAUAACUCGAUUGCUGAAGUUAAGGAUAACACUAACAUUGCUAUCGAUAUUAGUAUCAAGAAGGAGUCUUUCAAGCUUGAGUCAAAGGCCAAGAUAGGCAAUCUAUACGAAGGCGUGAAAAAUGCAUCAGUUGAAUUUAGCGCAAUUAGUUUAAAGUCACCAAACUUGAACUUUAUUGCAGCUGAGAGUGUUCUAGCGCCAGGACUUACAAUAGUUGAUGUCAAGACCUUGAACAUUCCCUAUGAUUUGAUUCU